GCCCUCUCAACCACAUCCUCCUCAAGUCACACGCUCCGGCAGGCCUCGCACACGCAGCACAGCACUGCAGCGCCGCAGUGAGCGCGCUGCACAGCGGCCGGCCAUGUCGUGGGCCUCGCUGCCGACGGAGCUGCAAGAGGCCGUGCUCGGCAUCUGCGUGCGUGAGCGCAGCGGCGUUCUCUCGCUGCUGCUCGUCUCGCGCCGCAUGUUCAGCCUCGUGGUGCCGCUGCUGUACGCCGAGCUACAGAUCACUUCGCUUGCACAGCUGCGGGCGCUCAUUGGCGCGGCAGGUGGUGCCGAUGCGCUGCAAGACGACGAGGACGAGACGGCAGAUGUUCAGCCGGCGCAAGGCACUCUCCGUGCUCAUCUCGCUGCUCACACGAGGCGACUGACGAUCAGCAUCGAUGGCGUGCCGGGAGCUGCGCCGCCUCCAGCGGCACAAGACAGUCCCUUUCGUCUCUGGAGCGGCCAGCCGAGACGGAACGAGGGCGACGAGCGGCUUACGCUGGCGCUCUGCGCGAUGCGCCUUUGCAAUCCGCAGCGCCUGAGCCACAUCUCUCUCGAGAUGUUCGGCGUCCGCAGCAAGUCUCACCUCGGCGAGCCUGCGCUCGAAGAAGCCUUCGGCCGCCUCUCGGCGCUUCGCUCGCUGCGCUGGGUCCCACCAGGUCGUCUCUCCAUCGUAGGCUUCAGCAUCGCCGUCGUCGACUCGGCCGUGCCCUCCAUCCAGCUCGGUCUUCUGCAGGCAGCUCUACGCACUCCGACACUGCAGUCUUCGCUGCAAGAGCUGCACUUCGCUGCUGUCGGUCUGCAGAAGGAAGCAGCACUGGUGGACGCGCGUCUGGCCUUCCUCUGGGCUCUCUCCUGUCGACUCGAAGAUGGGCGCGCUCUCUUUCCUCGUCUACGAAGCCUGCGCUUCACGUCAGCAGUCAAUCUGCCCAUCGCGCCACUGGCGCGGCUACUCCUUCAUCGUGCUCUUGCAGCGCACGCGGCGCCCGACUCGACCGAGCCACUGCUCAUCGAGAUCGCAGACGGCUUCAGCGGCUCGAUCUGGGGCCCUCGUCUGGACGCACAUGACGUCCGGCGCCACAUGCGCGCGUUUCUCCUCGUGGAUGGCGCCGCCCUCCUCGACGAAGGCCCCGUGCCCUUGUCGUUUCAGCCCCAGAGCGUCCCGGCCAUUCGGGUACUCAGCGACUCGCUCGACUAUCUGCCCCAGGUACACGAGCCUCGCUUCCUGGCGUGCGCUUCAAUGUCGAAGCGCGAACUCGAGGCGCUGGUCGCGAGCGCAAUGGGCAUGCUGCGUCUCACGGCGCUCGAGGGAGCUAUUGCUGGACGCACCCAGUAGCCUCGCACCUCGAUCGACCUCUCGACGGCUCCUUCUCACCACGACGCGGUCCGCGAGAAUGAUGGUACAUUGCCCCUCAGCGGCACCUUUUGGCGUCACGCCUGCCCACGCAGGCAGUGACGUGCAUCCUGCAGCUCCGGCCCCGCGCAUACACGGCAGCCAGGCAUAUCCCUCCAGCCAGCCUCCCUCUCAGGCCGCGGCCGUCCGCUGAGCAGCACCACCCCACGCCGGUGCGCCUCCGCUCUUGC